AUGGGCAUGGUUGAGAGCACCACCGAUAGUGAAAAAAUGGAUAUGGAUGGGCUGAACGAUCAACUUAUGCAAUAUCCGAUACGAGAAACAAACGACAUGUGGUACUGGAAGGAUGUGGAUCAACUGUCUUUUACAAUUAAAGCGGUAAGAGAAACGUUAGCACAACAAUUGGACUUAAACAUACAAGGCGGCGACUUUGUUUGGAAUAAGUGGCCGUCCAGCAAAAGCAAUAUGUUUGCAUGGAGAGCAAUCGACAACAACAUACCGACAGCAACAACUUUAGGUGGAAGGGGGCUGAUUUUACAGAAUAAUAGAUGUAGAAUGUGUGAUACAGAGGAAGAAACGACCGACCAUGUGUUGCUGCAAUGCAGUUUUGCAAAACAGAUAUGGGAAGCAGUCCUCGGGUGGGUGAAGUACAACGAAAUAAACUUGGGAGAAUCUAUAAAGCAAGUGUUACACGAAGUAAAUGAUUUACAAAGGGGCCGAAACAAAAGGAAAAUAAUUCACGCAUUCGUUUUACAAACAAUGUGGAGAUUAUGGAAAGUUAGAAACGAUAAGAUAUUCAAUGGCAAAACGGGCGUAAUUCAAAAUGUGAUAGAAGGUAUAAAGGAAGAAUCAUACCAAUAUGUGAAAGAAAGAUCAAGAUUUAAAGCUAUUUCACGAGAACAAUGGUGGGAUUUCAAUUUUAUUGCAUAA